AUGGUGAACAAGAAAAUUUACACGAUACCUCAGUUGUUGGCCGGUUGGACAGGCUGCUCAAUGACGGUGAUUCGUGUGACUCAAGGAGAAAAGACAAGGACACCCACGAACCGAGAACUCAUCUUCAUCUUUCACUUUGUGCUUGGUCGCUUCAAACACCACGCUUGUUCUAGUCGCAAUAGAUUGUAUCUGUCGACUCGAUCAUCACUGAAAAUGGCGUGCAGGAGGAUGACGUACGAUUUUUCUUUGCUGGUUGUGUAG